AUGGACACGAUCAAGACCACACUCGCCGAGAACAUCACUCAUGCGCACGGACUUGCGCCCAAAGGCUCACAGUUCAGCCUCUCUGAGGUUCCCGAUCUUAGCGGCAAGGUCGCCGUCGUCACCGGUGGUAGCGAGGGUAUCGGCUACGGCUGCACACACACUCUACUGUCCAAGAACGUCUCGAAACUUUUCGUCCUUUCUCAGUCUUCGGAGGUUAUAAGAGAAGCUCUCGACGCCAUUCGUGAAGAACUGGGUCCUGCCGCCGCGGACAAGGUCGUUUGGCUGCAGUGUGACUUGAGCGAUUGGACGAAGACCGCCGAGGUCGCGUUCGAGAUUAGCUCGAAGACGGACCGUCUUGACAUACUCAUACUGAACGCCGCCCGCGGGAUCAUGACGGCACAGAAGAACGAACAAGGCGUCGAUCUUCACAUGGCGAUCAACCACAUUGGCCAUGUUGCCCUGACCUCCCAUCUUCUUCCGCUUCUGAAGAAGACGGCCAGCGAAGGCAACAAGGUACGCAUCGUCGCCCUCGGUAGCAACGCGCACGAGAUGGCACCGAAGGAGACACGCUUUGAGAGCAUCGAGGAGUUGAACAAAGAUUAUGGCCCCAACCCGCAGUACGGUCGCACAAAGCUCGCGCAGAUGCUAUACGCUCGCUACCUCGCCGAUCACCUGCGGACUUCGGAUCCAAAUAUUCUCGUGAACACCACGCAUCCUGGCUUCGUUGAUACCAAGCAAACCAACGAGUACAUCCAUGAGGCUUACCCAUUGGGCGGCUACGGUAUGAGCGUUCUGAUGAAGCCUUUCAAAAAGCACGCCAUGGAAGGUGCGGUAUCAACGAUGUACGCGGCCACGAAGACCGAGGAAAGUGGGCAAUACAUUUGCCCUCCCGCUAUCGUCGAGCCGGGUAGCGACUUGAGUCAGGACAAGGCCUUGGGCGAAAGGUUGAUGAAGCUUACAGAGGAUAUCAUACAGCAGAGAACUGCAGCGUCGGACAAAGGGUGCCCGGUGAAAGCGACUUAA